AUGCGCUCGGCGGCGGGGCUUUUCUAUGCGGCUGUCUUCACCUUGAUGGGCAUGGCCCACGCCCAGGAUCAUGGCUCCAAAACCACUGACAUGGCCAACAAGUGCGCUAUUGAACCUACGGCUAUGGUAUCGGAUGCAUGUCUCUCAUAUGGCGCCGUCAAUAAACUCAAUGACGAGGUCUACUCUCUCCUUCAGGAAUGCCCCUUCUGGAACGACGCAAAUAGCAUGUGUGGAAACAUCGCCUGCUCUGUGAAUACUAUUGAGUCCGAGGAGGAUAUUCCGCUUAUCUGGCGAGCGGAAGAAUUGAGCAAGCUGGAGGGUCCUAAGGCCAAGCAUCCGCCUCCGAAAGUUCAAGCGGAGCGUCCCAAGGCACGUCCACUCCAGGGCAAGCUCGGGGAGGGUGUCGGCGAAAGCUGUGUCGUUGAAUACGACGACGAGUGCGACGAGCGAGAUUACUGUGUCCCUGAAGACGAGGGCUCAGCGGGUAAGGGUGACUAUGUCAGCUUGGUGGACAACCCUGAGCGAUUCACGGGAUAUCAGGGCCCUGGUGCGCACAUGGUCUGGGAUGCUAUCUACCGCGAGAACUGCUUCAUGAAGCCCAUCUCCGAGGAACUUGAGGACCAAUCUCUCAACAUGCCCAUGGGUGGACUGCAGGCUUUCUCCGACUUCCGCGACGUUAUCCAGAAGGAGGCUCGUCUGGAAGGACUGCCGUUAGACAAUGAGUGCUUGGAGAAGCGUGUCUUCCACCGACUCAUCAGCGGUAUGCACGCUUCGAUCUCUACGCACCUGUGCUGGGACUACCUCAACCAGACAACCGGCCAGUGGCAUCCCAACAUGCAGUGCUUCAAGGAGCGUCUAUAUGACCACCCAGAACGCAUCUCAAACAUGUACUUCAACUACGCUCUUGUCUCGCGCGCCGUCGCCAAGCUGCGCAAGCACCUACAGAGCUACACCUUCUGUACCAGCGACCCUGAACAGGAUCUUGAUACCAAGCAGCGGGUCAACCAGCUCGCCGACAUUCUCUCGCCACCCAAGGUCUCAAAAGAGGACUUCCGCAAUCGUUUCCGCAACGUCAGUCGUCUCAUGGACUGCGUGGGCUGUGAUAAGUGCCGCCUUUGGGGCAAGGUGCAAGUAAAUGGAUACGGAACCGCACUCAAGGUCCUGUUCGAGUACGACGAGACCAAGAACGGCGAGAAUCCACCCAUGAGACGCACCGAGCUGGUCGCCUUGAUCAAUACGCUUGGUCGUAUCUCGCACAGUCUGGCAGCCGCGCGCAGCUUCCACGAAGCCAUCGAGGCUGGUCUGGAUAGCCCGGCUCCUAUUCAGUUCCACCAGCCUGUGACAGACGAAGAAGCCGAAGCGAGGGAGAGAGAUGGAGAGAGCGCCGAGUACAUCUACGGACGUGAGAAGAUGGAGAGAUACCCAUGGGAGCGACCGCCAAGAACAGCAGAUAUGGGUGUGCUCGACGAGCUCAAGGCCGAAUUCAGUGUUGUGUGGGACACAACAAUGUAUGUCCUGAAGUCUUGGAUGGAUAUCCCGCGGACGCUCCUGGAGAUCUCUGUCUGGGAAGGUCAGCGUCUGUACUCAUACUGGCUCGGUCUGCCCGUCCCUCCUCGCCUCUGGAAACUUCAAGUGCCUGGAGCCGAGGCGAUCGGACGUGCCGAGAGGAAAAAGCAUGAGACGAACAAGUAUAGAGACGAGCUGUGA